AAACCACUUUGCGGUUCGCGUUUGGUUUCAGCCAGCUUCAGCAACUUGUUGCCAUGAGGAAAAUAAGCCGGGCUGCCCUGGCCAGCCGGGGCAGGAGGGCUGCGCUCUGAGGGACCCGUGGCCAAGGUGUGAAGCAGGGCACGGGGGCGGUGAUGGUACCCGGGCAGAGCGCGGAGGACCUGGGCCAGCAGUGCCAGAAGAUGGGAGCAGGGGAGGAUGAGGAGGGCGGCAGAGGUAGCGGGCACCUCCGCCAGCUGCCAGCUGCAGCAGGCUGUGGAACAUUUACAUUUCUAUCUUCUGCCAUUGCUGCUGUAAGUGGACUUCUGAUGGGUUAUGAGUUAGGCCUUAUCUCUGGAGCACUUCUUCAGAUGAGCAGCAUAUUAGCACUCUCUUGCAAAGAGCAGGAAAUUGUUGUAAGUUCCCUUCUUUUUGGUGCCUUAUUUGCAUCCCUUACUGGUGGAUUCCUGAUAGACCGAUUUGGAAGGAGGUUUGCAAUAAUUAUUGCAUCUUCUUUACUUGUGUUGGGAAGUCUGAUUUUACUGCCCUAUGAAUCAUAUGGGAUACUUAUUGUGGGACGGAUUGCCAUAGGUAUUUCCAUAUCAUUAUCAUCAAUCGCGACAUGUGUAUAUAUUGCUGAGAUUGCCCCACAGCACAGAAGAGGCCUUCUCGUAUCAUUGAAUGAACUCAUGAUUGUGAUAGGCAUUCUCUUUGCCUAUAUUUCAAACUACGCAUUUGCCAGCGUAUCUCACGGCUGGAAGUAUAUGUUUGGCCUUGUGAUUCCACUAGGUGCCUUGCAGGCUAUUGCCAUGUAUUUUCUUCCGCCAAGUCCUCGGUUUCUUGUCAUGAAAAAUAAUGAUGAAGCCGCAAGAAAAAUACUGGAGAGACUACGAGAAACUUCAGAUGCUACUAAAGAACUCACUUUGAUCAAGUCUUCCCUGAAAGACGAACAUCAGUAUAGCUUUUUGGACCUGUUUCGUUCAAAGAACAACAUGAGGGCCCGAAUGUUGGUGGGGCUCACACUAGUCUUUUUUGUGCAAACAACUGGGCAACCCAACAUUUUAUUUUAUGCAUCAACUGUUUUGAAGUCAGUUGGGUUCCAGAGCAAUGAAGCCGCCAGUUUGGCUUCUACUGGAGUUGGAGUGGUUAAAGUGGUCAGCACAGUCCCAGCUACGUUUUUUGUGGAUCAAGUAGGAAGUAAAACUUUUCUGUGUAUUGGCUCUUCUGUUAUGGCAGUAUCGCUGGUCACUAUGGGCUUAGUGAAUCAUAACAUACACAUGAACUUCACCAAUGUCUGUAGAAGCCAGUCUCUGGAGGAUUCCUAUCUCCAGAGACCAGGAAACCUCACUAGUGUCACCAAUGGGAGUCUCAAGGACCUCUUUGCUAGUAUGGCUUCACCAGAAAGACUCUCCUUCGACACACACAGAAACCCUUAUGUCGCCAGGACAAGAGAACUGAACAGGACUACCCUGGCAGAAGGCAAAAGCACGAUGGGGUCUCACACAGAAAGUGGGGAGGUUCCCGUUGUCCUGAAAUGGCUCUCGCUGGCCAGCCUGCUUGUUUAUGUUGCUGCCUUUUCCAUAGGUCUUGGACCAAUGUCUUGGCUGGUCCUGAGUGAAAUUUUCCCUGGUGGGAUCAGAGGACGGGCCAUGGCUUUGACAUCCAGCAUGAACUGGGGAAUAAACCUCCUCAUCUCCUUGACUUUUUUGACUGUCACCGUUUUAGCAGGGGAGAAAACUAAGGAAGCUGCAGCAGCCUAUGCAUGUUGGACUGUCCAAGUACAUGACAGUGGCAGCAGAGUCCAUCCCUUCCGGCUGAGGACGUGUCUGCCCCCAUAGACUCAAAAACCCACGAGUCCUUGGCUGGCCCCAUUAGGAGUUAAGUCUUUGGACACUUUCUGAGGCAGAACCCACGGCUUGCAGUGGAAAUCCUGGGAACUGACAGGCUGGGAGGAUUAACUGGAGACAACUGCCGCAGUGUGAAAAAAUGCUCUUUUUGCUCCGUGAAAGAAUUUGCAACAAAACCAGACACGGGUGGAAUUUCAAGGCGCUUGUGACCCCUGGUGCCCUCACAUGAAACAGCAACAAUGGCUGCUCAGUUUUCAUCCAGAGUGACAGCAAACAAAAUAAAUCAAUGGGUUUAUGCUAAAUGGGUCAGUGUGGGCUCCUCAGUUUUCUUUCAUAAGGACUAUUAGAAAAAGCAAAAGCAUCAUUCUUUUUCAAA